GCUCCGGCCGAGCCCCGCGGCCCCCGGGGGUGGGCGAGCGGGCGUGGGGAAUGGAGACGCCCGACAGCAUCCUCGGGGCCGUGUGACAGCCAGCGGCGCUCGCACAGCCGGAGCGCACGGAGCCGGAGCCCCGCAGCGCCGGGCAGAGCCGCCCUGCCCCGUCCCGUCCCGCGGGGAGCCGGCAUGGAGUGACAGCAGCCGCCAGGAGAAGCCCCAAAGAGAAACAGAGAUGGCCAAAUUGACAGAGUCGAUGACCAACGUCCUGGAAGAAGACUCAAUGGAGCAGGACAUCGAGAGCCCUGUCACAAUCCAUCAACCAAAGUUGCCCAAACAAGCGCGAGAGGAUCUGCCAAAAAACAUCAGCAAGGAAUGUGCCAAGAGGAAAAUCCAGAGGUACGUUCGGAAAGAUGGGAAAUGCAACGUCCACCACGGGAAUGUCAGAGAGACUUACCGGUACUUGACUGACAUCUUCACCACCCUGGUGGAUCUCAAGUGGAGGUUCAACCUGCUGAUCUUUGUCAUGGUUUACACGGUGACCUGGCUCUUCUUCGGCAUGAUCUGGUGGCUCAUUGCCUACAUGCGAGGGGACAUGGAUCACAUAGGGGACAGCACGUGGACCCCCUGCGUCAGCAACCUCAAUGGGUUUGUCUCAGCCUUUUUAUUCUCAAUCGAGACCGAAACCACCAUUGGGUACGGUUACCGGGUCAUCACGGACAAGUGUCCCGAGGGAAUUAUCCUGCUUUUAGUGCAGUCUGUCCUAGGUUCUAUCGUCAACGCCUUCAUGGUUGGCUGCAUGUUUGUGAAAAUAUCCCAACCCAAGAAGAGGGCAGAAACCUUGGUUUUUUCUACAAACGCAGUCAUUUCCAUGCGGGAUGGAAAGCUGUGUCUGAUGUUCCGAGUAGGAGACCUUAGGAAUUCACACAUUGUAGAGGCAUCAAUACGAGCCAAGUUGAUCAAAUCCAAACAGACAAAGGAGGGGGAAUUUAUACCACUCAACCAGACAGAUAUCAACGUAGGUUAUUACACAGGGGAUGAUCGUCUCUUUUUGGUUUCACCACUGAUCAUCAGCCAUGAGAUUAACCAGCAGAGUCCUUUCUGGGAGAUUUCCAAAGCCCAGUUGCCCAAAGAGGAGCUAGAAAUUGUUGUAAUCCUAGAAGGAAUGGUGGAGGCAACAGGGAUGACGUGCCAGGCUCGCAGCUCCUACAUCACCAGUGAGAUCCUCUGGGGCUAUCGCUUCACGCCCGUGCUCACGCUGGAGGACGGGUUUUAUGAGGUUGACUACAACAGUUUUCACGAAACCUACGAGACCAACACCCCCGUUUACAGUGCCAAAGAGCUGGCAGAGAUGGCCAGCCGAGCAGAACUGCCCCUGACCUGGUCUGUUUCCAGCAAGCUGGACCAACACGCCGAGCUGGAAACGGAGGAGGAGGAGAAGAACCAAGAAGACCAAAACGAAAGAAACGGAGACGUGGCCAACUUGGAGAAUGAGUCCAAAGUGUAGGACCAGGGGAGAAAUAAAGGCCACCUCCUUUAUCUCCUCCCUCUCUGCUCCCCGUUCCUUUCUGCAACACGCCUUUAAUUUUUUUUCUCUUCCUGUUAUUGGUAACUCACGGAAAAUAAACAUUUUAGAUCAGAAAUCCCAAGUUCAACCCCAGACUAAGCCAAGGCGUGGGUUAAAGCUGCAACACCCACCAGGGAUGGUGGAAUCUCCCCGUGGCAGUGACUGGUGGCCCCUCUCCAGUGAAGACCUCCAGGUUUAUCCACAUCAACCACACAAAAACCAAUCCCUGAACGCAGAGGAAAUGGAUGCAAGGGGUUUUAAAGGAGAGACUAAUUAAUGCCCAUCAAAGCAAUGGGCCUUGACUGAGUUUUUAUGUAUUUCAGGACACUUUCAUAGACUGGGUGACAGUGGAAUGGGCCUUGCAGCUUUAAGAGGAAGGUGAGCAGAGGGACCUGCAAUCCCCCACGACCCUGUACAUAUGCCUUAUGUAACUAUUUCUCUCUACAUUUAGUAAUAAACGCCGCAUGUACAAAAGUACUGUAGUAAAGAACUUCUAAAUAAUGUA